GAGAGGUGGAGGGGAGUGUACGUGUGUGUCUCUCUCUGGCUCUCUCUCCUCGCCACCCUUAUCCAGAGGGGGAUUUAUUGAAUUCUUUUAAUCUUGAAAUCGGUCUCGUCUUAACGGAUAAUGUGACAGGUGACGAGAGAACAGAUUAACGGUAAUAGGUACACCGUUAACGCACAACGGAACUUAUACAACCAUGGGUGAUAAGCGGCCGUUAACUUCGGAGUGUCAACGGGGACUACAACAGGAAACAGAGACACGCCAACGGCCCCUUCUCCUGUUGUUCCUGUCUGUCUUCCUGUUCGUCUUGUUGACGCAAGCCGCCUCGUUCCUCUUCCUGUUGAACCGUUUGGAAACGUUAAGAGGGGUCUUAGAAACAGCCAAGAAACAGGGCCAGAAACGGGACUCUUACCUCACCCGCGAGUACGAACUCUUAAAAAGCCGAGUGAGAGUACUAACAGAGGAUCACGCAUUUCCCUACGAUCAUCCCGCGAUCAGUAAUCACCUGACGAAUUCUCCACCUCACCCUCCACCAGCCGUUCUUCGCGGCCCUGGGAGACCGAAGGCUCCCGAAGACCACAAGGUUCUCAGGGUCAACAAAGCUCUCGAAGACCACAAGGCUCCCGGGGUCCACAAGGCUCCCGGGGUCCACAAGGCUCUCGAAGACCACAAGGCUCCCGGGGCCCACAAGGCUCUCGAAGACCACAAGGCUCCCGGGGUCCACAAGGCUCUCGAAGACCACAAGGUCCCCGAAGACCACGAGGCUCUCGAUGACCACAAGGUUCUCGGGGUCCACAGGGCCCCUGAAGACCACAGGGUUCACGGAGUCCAAAAGGCUCCUGAAGACCACAAUGUUCCAGGGGCCCACAAGCCCCUGGAGACCGAACGGGUUAAGCGACGGGCUUCCGACCCGACGUACGGGUUCAAUGGACCUCUGGACGACGCAGGGAGCUCCGACGGAGAGCUCAGUGUGCAGCUACAAGGAGAAGAUAGUGAAAGUCAGAGUGAAGUUGAUAAGUCUUGGCUACAACUCACCUCCUACGCCAGAAUACCGGUGAGUACAACCUACGCACUCUUAUAGAGUACACCUUACGCACUUCAGAGCACAUCUCACGCAAUCUACGCACUCUGGAGUGCAGCUUAACCCACUCCCCUAGAGUUACACAAUUCACGAACGA